AUGCAACCCUCAAACAGUACUCUGUCCAAGCGUCGGCGCUUCCAGCCCUCAAUCACCUCAUACUUCUCCGCCGGGUCAACCGCCCCCAACGCUACUGUAUCGCACAAUCACUACUCGACCGCCACCUUCUCAGCCACUCCAGUGGUGCCAGCCAAAGUUCAAUCGUCCCUUCUUUCCGUCGGUAUGCGGGUCCGCAAGUCCGUGGCCGAUGGAUACAAGACCCAGAUCUCGCUGGAGAAGGAGAAAGGUGUGCCAGCGAUGAACGCACCGGUCGCUCAUACAUACACCACCAACGGUUACUCCGAGCUGACCCCAUUUUCUGGAAUGGGCCGAUCCGUCGUCACCGAUGACGGCGAUGACUUCUCCCUCCCACCUAGCAGUCAGGAAUCGAUCGCAUCGUCUGACUCUGUCCCAAUCAUGCUGAAUGGCCAGAAGAGACGCCUGGAUGGGAGAAGCGAUAUAUUUGCGGAUGAUGACUCCGAUCUGGAAGAUAACCAGCCAUGGCAGGAUGCUCCACUUGGAAGAACUAUCCUGUCUCCAAGCUUGGGACAGCAGCGACGCCGUAUCCUUGCGAUUCAACGCAAAGCUCAACUGAAUGAAACCCCGGGCAUGGACUUGGAUGACUUUGAAGAGGCUACCUUCCUUCGUCGACGAGAGGAGGUUGAUGCUGACUGCCAGAUGGACUGUGCUUGA